AUGAAGCGCUCGGCGAUUCCGCCGGAAGUGGCGCUGGGUGGACGGGACUUGGAGUCCUCGGGGAACAAGGUCUCCAUGAUGCCGACCAUCCAGCCCUACCAGGCACAUGGACUUGGACAGGACGAGAGAAAAGUUCAUGGCCGCGGCUCGACCGACCCAGAGACAUUCAAGAAGGUGGCCGCCGCCGUGGGUGGCAUUUGGGUCCUAGGCGUUCUGCUGGGCUUUGACUAUCUUUGGCCUGUGUACCUGGUGUUGGAGCUCCUGGGGGGAUUGCUCUCCAUCCCGCCAUUGUCUUGGUUGAUGAGUCCCUUCUCGUGGAUCUUCAGCUGGUUCAACCGAGGUGCGCCCCUGAUCUCUGCACAGGGCGGGGCCCAGGAGCUUCGGCUUCAGACGGAGCAGGUCCAUGCUUACACCGAGCAGUAUGUGCAACACUACGGCGACGCAGCGCUGAUUUUCGCAACUCACGAUGGCUACCCGCAGAUCGUCAACGGCUUGUUGUACAAUCAUGACCUAGGCUAUGCCGACUUGAUCGAUGCGACGGAUGAGAGUGGGAACACGGCGCUCAUCUACGCCUCAGCCAAGGGCUUCCGCCAGUCCACCGCCGCGUUGCUGCGGAGCGGCGCCGAUCCGGAUGUGGCCAACCGGGGCCGGACGCCGCUGAUGGAGGCUGCGGGUGCAGGGCACAAAGACAUCGUGGCGGCGCUGCGCUUGUCGAAAGCCAAAGUGGAUGCUGUGGACGAGUACGGCAACACCGCCUUGCACUACGCAGCCUACCAUGGGCAUCUGAGCUGCGUCACCGAGAUCCUGAAGUCGAAUCCACACAAGGAUCUCCAGAACAACUACGGGCACACGCCGGCAAGCUAUGCUCAAAGCAACAAGUACAAGGCCAUUGCAGACCUGUUGUCCCGCCCGCCGAAGCGGGAACCGCUGCUGAAGGAGAAAAAGAAGCCGAAAGAGGAAGAAGAAGAGGAGGAUGAAGACCUCAAAGAACUGCACGAUUUGAUGGAGCUGGGGAAGAGCAAGCGAGCGGAGAAGCCCAAGGCCAAGCCCAAGCAGGUGAAAGGGAGUGCGGAAGACUUGCAUCAAAAGGAGGAAUCCUUCGCGCCCAAAGUGGAGAAGGACACUGGUGGUGAGCUGAGCGCCAAAGAGAAGAAGUCGCUUGAGGAGCAGAUCGCCAAGAUGCAACGGCGGCAUGAGGAUGCCGAGCUGAAGAACCAGAAGCGCAUCGUAGAGCUCUUGGAAGCCAGUGCCGGGCAUCAGCAAAGCCUGGACGAAGCAGAGCGAGCGGUCAGGGGGUACCAGGCCAACCUGUCGGAGCUCUCCCUCAAGGUUCAGGAGUUGGAGCUGAAGCAUCGCAGCAGCGAACUGCGUGCAGCGGAGCAGAAAGAUCGCGCAGAGCGCUUGCAACUUGAUAUGCAAGACGCUGAGCUGGAGGUGAAGCGCUACCAACAACGUGCCCAGGCAGCGGAGAAGGAGCGCGACCUGCAUGCAGAGGUGGCGAAGCGUCACGAGGAGAGCUUGAAGCAUCAAAGAGAGGAGGUGAACGAGCACCUGCAGCAGUUGGAGAAGCAGCAGCAGGAUGUUGAUGUGAAAACGGGUUGGCAAAAGGAAGUGCGCUUUGAGCACUUAAGGCGAAUUCCAGACUCCAAAAGCGGCGAGGACCUCCGCGCGCUGGUCGCGCGACGACUUGUGGCGAAGGCGGGCGCCCAGCUGGUUCUCUUGAAUGGACCAGAGCAACUCUCAAAGUCUCAGAGCUUGAAGGACCAGGGCCUUUGCUGUGGCAAAACAGUGUCCUACAGCUAUGUGCCUACGAACCUCGCCAGGGCCCUCACGCGCUCCCGCCUGGCCUCGCCACCAGCGAACUCGGCGAGUUCCUCGCAGUUCGACGAUGCCUGGGAUGGGCUGACCGAGCUCCAAGGCGUUGCUGGGCAGAUGGCAACGAGCUUGCCCGGCAGUUUGGUGUGCUUGACUUUGGGCAGCUUACUUGGGCGGAUCGGACAAGAAGUUUUUUUCCUUUCUAGAAUUCGCGCACGUCCACGUACAACACUUGUAGGGGCUUGGAAAGGGCUGACUCGGCCAACCCUUUCCAGGGGCUGA